GUAUAACCUCUUCACGGGCUGCCCCAAGGCAAAGACCUGCACAAUAAUCCUGCGAGGGGGUGCGGAGCAGUUCAUGGAGGAGACGGAACGGUCCCUGCACGAUGCCAUCAUGAUAGUCAGGAGAGCAAUCAAGAACGACUCAGUUGUUGCUGGUGGUGGUGCCAUUGAGAUGGAACUUUCCAAAUACCUCCGAGACUAUUCCAGGACCAUUCCAGGCAAACAGCAGCUCCUGAUCGGUGCUUACGCUAAAGCUCUCGAGAUCAUUCCCCGCCAGCUCUGCGACAACGCCGGCUUCGAUGCCACCAACAUCCUCAACAAGCUCCGAGCCAAACACGCCCAG